AUGACAUACAAUCCAGGAAUGGCCCUCAGUCCCCGGCAGACCUUCAAUGGUCAGAGGGUGCUAAGAAUCUCCGGACAAAACAAAAAAUUAGCUACAUGGAAUGUUAGAAGUAUGUUUGAAAGUGGAAAAUUAGAUAAUACGGUGAAGGAAAUGGAAAGAUUAAAGAUUGAUAUAUUGGGUAUAAGUGAAGUUAGAUGGCCUGGAAAUAAUUCGAUAAAUCAUAACCACGGAGUAGGUGUUAUAUGCAACGAAAAUACAAGCAAGGCAGUUUUAUUCUUCUUACCAUAUUCUGAUCGAAUAAUUUUAGUAAAAAUAAAAACAAAUCUAGGAAUCUUAAAUAUAGUUCAAGUAUAUGCACCAACUGCAGAAAAAGAUGACA